AUGACACUGUCAAAUGGAGGUCCAGUUGGAUACACACCCCCAGAUGGAGGCUGGGGAUGGGCAGUGGUUGUUGGAGCUUUUAUUUCCAUUGGCUUCUCUUGUGCACUUGGCAAGUCUGUGUCUGUAUUUUUCAAAGAAAUUGAAACCAUAUUCCAUGCCAGCACCAGUGAAGUAUCAUGGAUAUCCUCCAUCAUGUUUGCUGUCAUGUAUGGUGCAGGUCCUAUCAGCAGCAUCCUGGUGAAUAAAUAUGGCAGCCGUCCAGUCAUGAUUGCUGGUGGCUGCUUGUCGGGCUGUGGCUUGAUUGCAGCUUCUUUCUGCAACACUGUUCAGGAACUUUACUUGUGUGUUGGAGUCAUUGGAGGCCUUGGACUUGCCUUCAACUUGAAUCCAGCUCUGACCAUGAUUGGCAAGUAUUUCAGCAAGAGACGACCAUUGGCAAAUGGACUGGCCAUGGCAGGCAGCCCUGUGCUCCUUGCUAUCCUGGCCCCCCUCAAUCAGACUCUCUAUGAUAACUUUGGUUUUAGAGGAAGCUUUCUAGUUCUUGGGGCCUUCCUAUUAAACUGCUGUGUAGCUGGAUCCCUCAUGAGACCAAUAGGACCCAAGCCAACCAAUGCUGAGAAAGACAAGACUAAAGAUCCCCUUCAAGAAGCUGGACAAUGUGAUGGAAAAAAAGUGGAGAAGCAGUCAGUGUUGCAAAGAAUGAGCAAAUCUCUGGACUUAUCCCUGUUUACUCAUAGAGGUUUUGUGCUGUACCUCUCUGCUAAUUUGCCGAUGAGUUUUGCACUGGCUACCCCUUUAGUCUUUCUUACUAAUUAUGCUAAGAGUCAGCAUUUUCGUAGUGAAAAUGCUGCCUUCCUUCUUUCCAUUUUGUCAUUUGUUGAUAUUGUAGCCAGACCAUCCAUGGGACUUGUAGCCAACACCAAGUGGGUAAGACCUUAUAUUCAGUAUUUCUUUGCAGCUUCUAUUAUUGCAAAUGGAGUGUGCCAUAUGUUGGUACCUUUAGCCACCAGCUAUACUGGGUUUUGUGUCUAUGCGGGGUUCCUUGGAUUUGCAUUUGGGUGGUUCAGCUCAGUGUUGUUUGAAACACUAAUGGACCUCAUUGGACCCCAGAGGUUCUCCAGCGCUAUGGGAUUGGUGACCAUUAUGGAAUGCUGCCCUAUCCUCCUUGGCCCACCACUUUUAGGUCAUCUCAGUGACAUAUAUGGAGACUACAAGUACACAUAUUGGGCAUGUGGCAUAAUCCUAAUUUUUGCCGGGAUCUAUCUCUUCAUUGGCAUGGGCAUCAAUUAUCGACUAGUGGCAAAAGAACAGAAAGCAGAGCAGAAGCAGAGCAACGAAGGUAAAGAGAAGGAACCAAAGGAUGUUACUAAAGUUGCAGCAUCUUUGUAA